CAAGUCACUAUCUUGUUGAUUCCUUCUCAGUUCAAGAAAAGUAUUCUUCAGUGCCAUUAUACUGUACAUUAGAAGAUAUAACCACCAAAAAUAAUAAUUGGAAUGAGUACUACUGGCCAACUGUUAGUUCUACGUUGCGUAGUCCUCCAUCCACGGCCGGUCCACUCGUGGCCGUCGAUCACCGGAUCCACGAUCACGCCACUCGUGGUGUCCGAGGGCAUGAUAAACGCACACGGCGCCGUCCACGUGGUCAACGUGCCUCGAUCACGUGAAUCAUAUCCACCGCUGGGGAGCGACGACGACGUCGACCCCACAGCCCAUCCAACGGCUGAGAAUUAAAUGGUGCCACGUGUUGAGAGACUAGCUGGAGGUGGUAUUUUCGAAAUUUGAUGCGGAAGCCAACCAACGACCCCGACGCGCCCCAUCGGAAGCCAGCUGGCAUAGGGGUAAAAUAGUAAAUUAGGAAAGAUGGGUGGGUUAAAAGCUUUGGGCUGUCAAGCUAUCGACUGCCCCCUUUGCCUCCAAUUCGUUUGUACCUACCUCGUCCUCGUCCCCCACGACCCGCCAUGGAUCGAGCCCAAAUCAUCGCUAAACCCUAACCUUUUGAACUGAUUUGCCCCCUUUCUAUUCAUGGUUUUAGAGGUUUCUGGUGUCCGAGAAGUGAAGGAAGAGAGUACCUCUGAUGGAUCCGGCAGAAGCCGCUUGCGGGAUUGAGCUGAAGAAAGUCGGCGUCGCGGGGGGAUCGGGUCGCCGGAAUAGGAUCGUUCGGGUCUACUUCGAUGACGCUGAUGCCACUGAAUCGUCGUCGGGCGAAGAGGAGCCUGGAGCCCGGCGCCGUGUGAAGCGGUACGUGCACGAGUUCAAGAUCGAAAUGGCCCGCGCGCCGCGGCGGAGGGCCGCGGAGGUGGAAGGAGGGGAGCGAGGGAAGCGGGGGUUCCGCGGCGUGCGGCAGCGGCCGUGGGGCCGGUGGGCGGCGGAGAUCCGCGACCCGCACCAGCGAAAGCGGCUGUGGCUCGGGACCUUCGACACGGCGGAGGAGGCGGCGACGGUGUACGACAUGGCGGCCCUGCGGCUGAAGGGCGCGAAGGCAGUGACCAACUUCCCGACCGCGAAAGCGGUGGGGGAGGAGGAGGAGGAGGAGCGCGCUUCUCCGACGUCGGUGCUCCGCCACGGCGACGACCGGGAGGCGGCCUUCGACUACACCUUCGACGGGGGAAUGGAAGCCCUGGUGCUGGGUGCGGACGCGUCGCCGCAGUUCAUGGCGGAGUUCUACUGGCCGAGGCCGCGGCUGUUGGAGGUGGAGUUUGGCGAUUUGGAUGCCAACGACUUCUCGUAACGGAACUCACGGACGAGGUUUUUUUUACCUGGAAUGACGAAACCGCCGUCACCGUUUCGUCGUUUUGGCGAGUUAACUGCUUUAUAAUUUGGUUUGUCGUAUUUGGCCGACAACAGUGGACGGGAAGAGUGAGUGGAGAGUGAAGUAGCUGUGCGGAGAGAGAGUGCGCGCGUGUGAGACGGCGUCGCAUGCUCGCCUUUUCUUGGACGUGUCAAAGCUGUGAGUUAUUUGUAUUAUUUCUUUUUUUUCUCUUCCAGCUUUAGUGA